UGAAGUGAGAUCAUUAUUCCUUAGUACUAGUACACUAUAUAGAUUGAGCUCGGCCAGAAUUGUUCUAUUCCUUCUACUCUUCCAUCUUCUUUCUCUUGUUGAAUCAGAUAUUGACGAUGGCUAUGAUCUGUGCUUGUUCAACUCAAAUUCCAGUUCAGAAAUCUGGGUCAUUUCUAAAGAUUGCAAGCAAGGAUGUGAAGUCCAAGCGCAGCUUUGUCCCCCUGAAAAAAGCAUCAUUUACCCAGAGGAUCAGAGCUUCCAUCAAGAACAAGGUAUAUGAGAAUCGAUCUGAGGGCAUAGUUUGCUACCAGGACGAAAAUGGUGAAAUAUUCUGUGAAGGGUACGACGAAGGACCUCGUUUUCAACGAACAUCAAAGCCACCUAGUCAUCUUCUAAGCGAUGCUGAGAUCAGAGAAAUUCUUCAACAAAACUGGAUAAAGAUUGUGAAAGGGGAAGGAGAGAAUCAUCCAGCAGGUGAAGGUGUUUUGCUGCAAGAAGACCUAAACAGCAAUGGUUUUAACUCAUUCUGCUGAUGAUCACUCUCAACUUACUUUGUCAAAUAUCAAAGCCAAAGGUCUCACAGUAACAUGGCGGAGGGAGCAAGUUCUAAUUUUUUUUCUCAGUAAUAUACAAAUAUUAUGCAUUUCUGGCCCUUCAAAAUUCACGCAAACUUUGUACUAUAUGUGCUUUUUAAUCUUAGCCCGCUCAUAACUGAAUCCUAACUCCCCCCUGCUCAGCAGCAUCAUGUAUCAAAAAUGCUUAAGAGGCUGUUGAUGGUGAAUCAAGAAGUAGUUGUGAAGUGGGUUUUUUUUUUUUUUUUACCUGAAGUAGAGUGUUCUUUUUUUUCCCUUGUAAAGUUGUACAGGAAUGCUUUUCUCUUUCAAUCUGUUGUAUGCUGGUAUUCUAGGUUAUCUGAUGGAGAAAGAUAAAGAUGAUGACGAUGACUUCCUAAUCACAAGGCAAUAAAUUUGUCUGA